AUCAAAACUAAUGAUAAAGUGAAAAUCGCGAAAAUGAAGUGUGUUUGCCUCCUCCUGGCUUCUGCGGCCCUAGUACAUGGUUACGCAAUCAAGGACAAUGAAAUCGAAACAACCCGUUUGCGCACAAGUGAUGAUCUUCUGAACAGUGUUAUCAGUGAUUGUUUUGAAAUGGAAUCCCCGAUGUCAUGUCUCAAAGUGAAGGUCUUAUCAUUUUUGGACACGAAGCUCGGUGUGACUUCGGAGUCUGCGAGGGCUUUGGACGACGAUACCAUCGACAAAGUGAUCUUCGACCGGGUUGGGAGGGUUUUAAACCAAAAUGAGUUUAGGUUCCAACUGCCUGAGUUCAUCUUCCAAAGCGCUGAAGUUUCUUACCGUGCUGAUAGAGGAUUCGACGUGGACUUCCCCGAAACCGAUGCUGAAAAUGGCGAAGCUCGUGGCAUCCUCAAGAAGAAACUUCUGUUGCCAGUUCUUCUUCUUCUCAAGCUGAAGAUGAAGGCGCUGAUGCCGAUCCUGGUCGCCAUCAUCGGCAUCAAAGCUGUAAAGGCUUUGAUUCUUAGCAAACUGGCUAUCACUCUUGUCGUCGGAUUCCUUGUCUACAAUCUGAUUAUGAAGAAAGGAGCUAUGCCGAUGAUGAUGGCACCUACAGAACCGCCUGCACCCCAGUACGGACCUCCUGCUUCUCAGUACGGAACCCCGUCUACCCCUGCUGCCCCCCAGGACUCCUACAGCCCACAAUGGGAGCCAGCCAGCUCAGGACCUUACGCAAGAGUUUGGGACCCAUCCCAACUUGCAUACAGCUCAUACUACCCUGGUGAUUCCAGCGCAUCAUCAUCAUCAAAUCAAUCACCAAGCUACUCCAGCGUAUCCUCUAUCUCAGCGUCUGCAUCAUCAGCCUCAUCACCCUGA